AAUUAGACUCAAGAAUUUCUCAUAAAACGUUUUCUUGGAAUAUCAAACGACAAAUUCUUCGAAAAAUGACACUUCAAUCCAACACAAACCUCAUGAAAGUCGCUGAUGAAUUUGCCGAUUUCUACCCGUUGAUGUUGAUGCCUGAUGAGGAUCAAUCCGGUCCACAUCUUCACACUCAAGAAACAGAAUCCAUGUUCAUCCUCACCGUCGAACUCAAAGGAUAUACACGAUCGAACAUAAAAGUUGAGAGCAACGAAGACGGGAAUAGAAUCAAAAUAAGUGGACAAAAGCCGUUUCAAGAUAUGUUGAUUGUAGGAGGAAGGGUUGUCAAGAAAGAUAUCGAGAUGAGGGGAUUUCAGAAGUGGUUUGAAGUCCCAAAAGGGGUGAUCUAUAAUCAAGUCAAUGCUGUUUUUAAUGAAGAUGACUCCGAGCUCGUGAUACGAAUGCCAAAAGUUACACAAGGCGUCACUGGAGCCCAAGUCGAGGAGUUGAAAACCGAAGAAAUUCAAGCGGAACCAACAAAGUUAUUGCAACUUUGUACCAAUGAAGAGUUGUUAGAACAAGAGGCACACAAGGUUGUAUAUGACAAUGAAGAUGAAUCUAAGGAUGACGGCGAAAAACCAAAAUCGCCUAAAAGGAAGUUCAAGAUAUGUACUCCGCUCAUAUUUGGAUCGGCAUUCGUUAUAUCUCUCGUCGUUUUGGUUUUCCACUUGGCCGGAUCUAAAAAACAAGAAGACCCGCGAAAGAAAAAGGAUCAAAAUUAGUUUAUUGUGUUGUAAAUCAAAGUAAUAAAAAGUCAUCUCACUUUUAAAGUUAGAUGAUUAAAAUCAUGACAAUAUAUUGAUAUGAUAACCAUCAUAACAAUUCUAUUGUAAUGUUUAGCUAGAAAUGCACAAAUGGAAUAAUGUAGCAAAAGAAA